CAGCCAGCGUGGUGGUACUUUGGCACGUUGAUUGACAGUGCCAUCCAUGCCACGGUAAACUGAGUCUUCGGUCUUAUUCAGCAGCAAUUGCUUGUCACAUUCUGUUUAGUUCGCUAGGGUUCAACUGUUCCGAGUGCCAGCGUUGAUGGGCUUGCACUCGGAUUGACCAGGCUAGGCCAUGGUCCAAUGUGUCUGGAAUCCACAAGAGGCAUUGUUCUUGCACUCUUCCGGGUUGUCCGUCACUCUUGGCCACCUGGUCGUCUUGUCUUCUUUACUUGUCGCCUCUCUCUCAGUCGCGAAUCACCGCGAUGGGAGUCAUCGACGUGGACUCUGCUUUAUCCCACAACCAAACACAUUUUGCUAUCGAGCCGUGUUCCUCGCAGUAGGUCUAAUCAAGGUGCGGGCGGACCUGACGCCGUCAUGAUUGAGGUCCCACGGCGGAGAUGGUGAGGACUAUGGUGACAACUUGCUUGUAGACGGAGAACUGAAAUCGGGCGAUCGGGCCACACAUCGAGGCUGUCAAGCCAUCUGCAUAUUCAGAUCAUUAUGAACAAUUUCAAUGGUCCAUGAUGGCGGAUGGAAACUCUGUCGCGGAUGCAUUUUAAGACCAUGGCAGCGAACAGCCUCCCGACAAACGCUCUUGCAAUGUUGAGUACGCCUUAUCGCGAAUUCUAGUCGCGGAUUCCUCAUCGCCUUGCCAGCCAUUGAUCACCCACACCAUAUCACUUGCCUGUCGAGUCCCCAACCUUUUUUAGCGUUCAGCAUUAGAGUGACAAAACCUGGAAAAUCUACGGUGUCUGAUGACUUGAAACAAGAAUUCAGCGCAUCGUUCUUGUGAGCACUGAAGGAUGCUUUGCCUGCUAUACCUGGAGCGCUUCCGUUACGUAAUCACCGCGGUACAACUUUUGGGCGCCAAUAUUUCCCGCUGCGAGUACUUUAAUUGACAACUCUGGGGUCGUGUGGUCGUUCUUAACUUGGAAGCCUAGCCGUCUUUCCAUUUCUGUGUUCUUCAUCCAAAAUCAGUUUGUAAAUGCACAAACACUGUCUCUCUUGGCGACUGAAUCAAAAACCAAACCGAGACCUGAAAACAUUCUCACCAAAGUGCAACAUCACAUAAAUCAGCUCCGCGGCGCUCAUUUCCACCAUGUCCAACGACUUCCAGCUAUUUACAUCCCUUCGGUAUGACCCAGGGCUCAUAAGAGUGCCCAAAAGGCGCUUGGCCAAUGCGGGAUGGAACGCCAAAAUGACGUCGCCCUUAUAUAUGCUGGACCUCCACCGGGAUCGGAUGUUACGGGCUGCCACCUACUGGGGUUGGACAUCUGCUAUCGAAGCUAUUUCGGACUCGGCCGGUCUCCAGAGGCUGGCUGAUGUGAUUGAGUCUUUCUUGGCCCAGCACGGGAAGGAGUCGGCUAAGAGAGUCAAGGUGCUUCUGAACUCGGAGGGGCAUCUCAGCUGCGAAGCGUCAACGGUGCCCGCCGUGCCCUUGGAGAACCUCUUCCCGGAACGACUACCAGCGCCAGGAAGUUCCAAGCAGGCCGGAGAACCGUCCGAGGAUUCUCCUGUGGAGGUGUUAAUUGACACAACGGAGACUCAGCAGUCAGAAUACACGCACUACAAGACAACAAAACGAGCCAUGUACGACACUGCCCGAGACCGCGCCGGUAUCGCUCCAGCAGACCGCAAGGAAGUCCUUCUCGUCAACUCCAAAGACGGCAACAUUAUGGAGGGUAGCUUGACAACCCCGUUCUUCUGGAGAAACGACAGGUGGGUCACUCCGCCGGUAUCUGCCAAAUACAACCCCGAAAAUGGCAGCGGCGGGCAAGACGGGACAUCCCGCAGAUGGGCACUCGAACGCGGUCUGGCCGUGGAAGAAGAGGUCAAAGCCGACAGCAUUGUGGACGGAGAGCCAUGCUGGGUUAGCAAUGGUGUCCGCGGCUUCACGUUUGGGAGAGUGCGACUCGAUCCUGCCAAAGCAAGUUGAAUACUAGUAGACCGAUGACAUUCAAUACAUCUUAGUGAUGAGUCUUAGGUACUUGGGGUUGCCGACCACGCAGUAUCCGUCAAGUCAAAGUCUAUAGUCUCUGGCAAUAGAGGCUACUUCGUCCUUGCCAGGCAUCAGCUGCAUGCUUUACUCCAAAUAACUGCACCACACCUUCUAUUCCAACCGUGUGCGGUCAGUGAUACUACUAU